UUUCAACAUUUGAAUAAAAAAUUGGUAAGGAAACAAACGCCGACAAGAAGCAGUGAAGCAGAGGCAAAGAAGUAGCACAAUACUGGCUCUGAAAGUCUUUAUUAUCCUUCAAAAACAGUGUUUCUUUGUCCGCCAACAACAUAGCAGACCAAACUAAGGAAGAAAGACAGACUUACAUAUCAGGCUCCAGAGAUGGGUAUUCUGUCCGACGACUUAGUGAUCAUCAGCCAGUCCGAUAAAGAAGAAGACCAAACUGUUAUAACUAUUAACUGCCCUGACAAAAGAGGUCUCGGUUGUGACUUGUGCCGCAUCAUUCUCUUCUUUGGUCUUAGCAUUGUUAGAGGCGAUGUGUCUACGGAUGGAAAAUGGUGCUACAUAGUGUUUUGGGUGAUUGGGAAUUCAACAACUAGAUGGAGUUUAUUAAAGAAGAGACUAUUGGGUGUAUGCCCUUCUUGUUAUUCAGCUUCUGGGAUUUUAUAUUAUGGCGCAGAAUUACAGUCACCGAAGCCUCCUGAUGUGUUUCUCUUGAAGCUCUGUUGUCUUGAUCGAAAAGGGCUUUUGCAUGAUGUGACAAAGGUUCUUUGUGAACUUGAGCUCACCAUUAAGAAGGUGAAGGUAUCUACCACGCCAGAUGGGAGAGUGAUGGACCUCUUCUUCGUCACAGACACCAGGGAACUUCUGCAUACACAAAAGAGGCAGGAGGAUACACAUGAGCACUUAAAAGCUGUAAUGGAGGACGCCAUGAUAAGCUGUGAUAUAGAGAUGGUAGGCACUGAAAUUACUGCCUGCUCUCAGGCAUCUUCGUUUCUUCCAUCUGUAAUCUCUGAAGAAAUGUUCCACUUGGAAAUGCCCAAUGAACUCCCAAGUGGAUACCUCACUUCCAACGGCGUUUCUGUCACAAUGGACAACAUGCUUAGUCCUGGUCAUACUCUUGUCCAAAUUAAUUGUCAAGAUCACAAAGGUCUUCUUUAUGACAUAAUGAGAACUUUAAAGGAUUACAAUAUUCAGAUUUCCUAUGGACGCUUCUCCACAAGACAAAGAGGAAAUUGUGAGAUUGAUUUGUUCAUCGUUCAAUCUGAUGGGAAAAAGAUAGUAGACCCUAGCAAGCAGAAUGCAUUAUCAUCUCGUCUGCGGAUGGAACUACUUCAGCCUCUCAGAGUAGCAGUGGUCAGCAGGGGUCCUGAUACUGAGCUUUUGGUUGCAAACCCUGUAGAGUUAUCGGGCAAGGGCCGGCCUCUUGUUUUUCAUGAUAUUACCCUUGCCCUCAAGAUGCUUGAUACUUGCAUCUUUUUGGCUGAGAUUGGGAGGCACAUAAUUGGAGAUUGGGAAUAUGAAGUUUAUAGAGUCCUUCUUGAUGAAGGGGAUGGAUUGCCUGUCCCAAGAAGCAAGAUUGAGAAAGGAGUAUGGAAGAUGUUGAUGGGCUGGGAGUGAUCAUGAUCACUCAUCGCUUCCUUUCAGCUAUGCCUUCUGUGCAGUAUCCUUCUUCUACCAUGAAAUGCCACUUGGAUGUAAAGACUAAUACUUUCCUCAGAAAUUUGCCAUGAACUUUUUCAUAUAAAUUGAUGUGAUGACAAGAUAAAUAUUAACUGACAUGCCAGUUACCACAUCAGUUUGUAACUAAGAGAAGUACCUCUUUGUUGUAAAUUAGAAGUUAUACUGUUAAAAGGGCUGAGGUUUCUCAUCUUGUAUCCAUCUGUGAGACUAACUUUGUAUUAUAUGAAUGAAAAGUUGGGGGCAAGGAGAUGUAGAAAUUAAGAGUA